AUGUCGGGGCCAUUGUAUGAAGAUAUCUUUCACAUGAACAGACGUUUGGUCAAUGGAGUGGAUUUGACAGUUAAGCUGUACCGCUCCUCGCCCCAGUUCUGUUUGAUGAGCGGCAAAACAGGUCAAGAUUACAAUGUGGAAAUUCUGGAUACCUACCUAAAGGUGUGUAAACUGAAAGUCAAUCCAGCUCUUAUUUUGGCACACAACACCUUGUUUCAAGACAGCAGUGAGGUCAAGGUGACAAGCAUCCCAACCACUCAACUGACACAUACCAUUGACAAUCUGUCGAAUCCUAUUGCUAAUCAUUACAUCGUAGGCUUUGUACUCGGCAACAGCUUGAAUGGAUCUUACACUGGUAACCCCUACAACUUCCAAUCUAGUAUGGUGAAAAACAUCAGCCUGUACAUCAAUGGUGCCAGUGUCCCCGGACGUCCCAUGCAGGCAGAUGACGUUGAGUCCUAUGUGCAGAUGUUCGAUGGGAUGUGUCUGUGGAAAGAAAAUACAGGAAACAGAAUCACUCGGAACGACUUUUUGCUCGCGAGUGCCCUUUUCGUCUUUGACAUUGAUAAAGUAUGCAGUGAAUCCGACUAUCUGAAUCUGUUGAAAUCCGGUAGCACCUGA